AUGGUAAAUUUCGAUUUGGGCCAAGUUGGUGAAGUAUUCCGUAGAAAGGACAAAGGAGCUAUAGUGUCCGGAGACAACCCAGAAGAAGAAGAAGACGUCGAUGCUUCUGAGUUUGAAGAGGAUGAAGUAAAGCCUGUGCGUACAAAGAAUAGAAGACCCAAAGAGGAUGCAUUCACUCAACAAAGAUUAGCGGCUAUAAACCCGGUGUUAACGCCGAGGACAGUUUUGCCUCUUUAUCUGUUAAUUGCUGUUGUAUUUGUUAUUGUAGGAGGGUGCAUAUUAGCACAGAACUCCAAAGUGGAUGAAGUAACCAUAUAUUACCAGGACUGUAUGACUAACGCGACCUCAUCAUGGAGCGACAUCCCUUCUGAACAUUGGCAAUUUGUCUUUCACAAAUAUAAAACAUAUAAUACUGCACCACAAUGGAGGUUUGUGGAUGAUGAAUCAGAUGACUUCACAAAACAAAGAGGUACAUGCCAAAUCAGGUUCACUACUCCAAGUGAUAUGAAAAAUAACGUAUAUUUGAAUUAUGUGCUGGAAAAAUUUGCUGCCAAUCACAGAAGAUAUGUACUAUCUUUUAGCGAAGAUCAGAUACGUGGGGAGGACGCCUCUUAUGAGACGGUGCAUGAUGCAACCGGUAUAAAUUGUAAGCCACUAUCUAAGAACGCCGAUGGUAAAAUAUACUAUCCAUGUGGCCUAAUUGCGAACUCAAUGUUCAACGACACGUUCCCCCUGCAGUUAACAAAUGUAGGGGAUACGUCUAACAACUAUUCAUUGACAAAUAAAGGAAUCAAUUGGGAAUCUGAUAAAAAAAGGUACAAAAAAACCAAAUACAAUUAUACACAGAUAGCACCUCCACCAUAUUGGGAAAAGAUGUAUCCAGAUGGAUACAACGAGACGAAUAUUCCUGAUAUUCAGGAUUGGGAAGAGUUCCAAAACUGGAUGAGGCCAGGUGCUUUUGAUAAAAUUACAAAACUGAUCAGAAUCAAUAAAAACGAUACUUUGCCAGCGGGUGAAUACCAGUUGGAUAUCGGUCUGCAUUGGCCAGUAUUGGAGUUUAAUGGUAAGAAGGGAAUCUACUUGACUCACGGUUCUCACCUUGGCGGUAGAAAUCCAUUUUUAGGUAUAGUUUACCUGAUUGGGGGCUGUAUUUGUGCUGCCAUGGCAUUGAUAUUAUUAACGUUUUGGCUCUUCGGCGGUAGAAAGAUUGCUGAUGCAUCAAGUUUGUCAUGGAAUAUGAAAUAG